AUGAUUGUUGGAGAACAAAUGGUACGACAAUGUAAAUGUGAUGAAGUAGCACCAUGUAUUAAAGCUGCUGAAGAAGCAUUUGUACCAUGUGCUGAUAAUUGUCAGAAAUUUAUCACUACCAUUGGUGGCAAUUAUCAACAAAUUCGUAAUUGUUUCAUGAAAAAAAAACCAAUUAUUGAUAAAGCCAUGAAAUGCUCCCGAGAUUCCUUCCCUGAUGCAUGCACACGAGGAACACCAAAAAUGAUACCACGACGAUAUGCAAAAGGUAUUGAAAUUGCUGCAGUAAAUGCGAUCAACAAAGAACUACAAAAAAUGGGAAUAUCAGAUCAGCUUACUACAGUAUUUGCUCAAGGUCGACGGUUUUUCAAAUGCUCCCAAUCAUGCAUGAAAAAGAAACUUGGAAAAUGUGCUACUGGUUGUGGUCUUAAUUUACCAUCUGAUAAUGUUGUGAUUCAAACAGUGAAGACUUGUGGAGUUCGUAGUGGCAUCCAAACUUCAGCUGUACAAGAGCUCUGUUUUUGCAUCGAGAAAGCCGGUAUCCGCCAACUUGCUGGUAUAUGUCCUCGUAUACGGAUUUUUGAAACGAAGCAUUGA